AUGACUAGGGCUAUCAAACCUGACCAUUACGAGCAAGGGAUUCCGGUUUUCAAGCCUUCUACCGACCAAUUUGAGGACUUUUAUGCUUUUAACAAGGCUGUUCAUCCCUAUGGAAUGCAGUCGGGAAUCAUCAAAGUUAUCCCACCCAGCGAUUGGAUUGACAGUUUACAUGAUUCCCCAGAUUAUCUGACUCAGGAGGAUCUACUGAACGUGAAACUAAAAAAUCCAAUCGAACAGCAAGUUUCUCUUAUGAGUAACAAAUCUUGCUUUAGUAUUGAUAACGUCGAGAAACACAGAACUUAUACAUUACCUCAAUGGAAGAAAUUGCACGAUCAGUUGAAGUAUAGUCUUCCACGUCCACGAGGAGCGAAGAGUGAUACUUUCAACUCUAAAGAUGGUCCGAUACCAAAAGAAAAGGAAGGAGAAUUUACCGCAAAAAUUGAUACUUCAAUAUACGAACCGGAUUACAUUGAGUUUUUGGAAUCACAAUAUUGGAAGAGUCUCAAAUUUAGUGCUCCAUUGUAUGCAGCAGACUCACUGGGCUCAUUAUUUCCAAAGAACUUAAAAACGUGGAAUGUAUCAUCUUUACCAAACUUGUUAGACUACUUACCAGAGAAAAUUCCAGGAGUGAACGAUUCUUAUCUGUACGCUGGUUUAUGGAAGGCGACCUUCUCCUGGCACCUAGAGGAUCAAGAUCUGCAUUCUAUCAACUAUAUUCAUUUUGGUGCUCCGAAAAAGUGGUAUUCAAUUCCUCAGGACCAGCAUAGAGAAUUUUAUCAGCUAAUGUCAAACACCUAUCCAGAUGACGCCAAACAUUGCCCCGAGUUUUUGCGUCAUAAGACGUUUUUGGUCGAUCCAAAAUACAUCCGCUCCAACGGAAUCACAGUUAAUGAAAUAGUGCAUCGGGAAAAGGAGUUCAUUAUCACUUAUCCCUACGGAUACCAUUCGGGAUUUAAUUUAGGAUACAAUUUAGCUGAAAGUGUUAAUUUUGCAAUAGAGGAGUGGCUACCUAUUGGGUUACGGGCAAAGAAAUGUGAAUGUAUCGAUGACAGUGUUGGAAUUGAUGUUAGAAAAUUAAUGGAGUCCGUUUCAAAAUGUAUACUAUGCCCAACUUUGAUGCAGAAGAAUAUUUUUCAAGAGUCUUUCGAUAAACUACUCAUAUUGGGAACGAAUUCUAAAGCGCAUAGAAUAUGUGGUAAACUAAUACCUGGUCUUGAAGUAGAUGGCGAUCUCAUUACAAAAUACUUUUCAAUGAUUGACAAUACUAAGCUCUCCAUCUGUAAUUAUUGCGGAGAGGGAGGAUAUUGUGUUUCCUGCAGUUUUCAAGAUUGCACCAAUUGUUAUCAUGUACUCUGCUCAUUGAAUUCCAAUGUGUCGAUAGAUCGAUGUAAAAUUUAUUGUGAACUACAUAAAGGGGAAGCUGUUACGACCUUUGACUCGCUGGAAAUUGGGGAUAUUAUUAGUUUUGACAGCAAGUAUGGUGAGAUCGUUUCUCUUGAUAAAGAGAAAGAAACAACGACUAUGGCGACCUUCCCAGAAGCACAACAUAAAUUGAUACACCGAUAUCAGUUUGACUCUAUCAAAGCACCCAGUAGGAAAAGGGAAAGGGACAACAAUGAUUCUGAAUUAGUCUUCUAA